CACCCGUACCUUAAAUAAACUUUGUAAGUGGUAAUCCUUGUAUAUGCAUAACUUAAAUAUUUAGUUAUACCCCGACCAAUUCUGCCGUUCCUUGAACUCCUGCGGCCGCGUCUCCCCGUUCUCGAUGGACGAGGGUUGCGCACAAGCUCAACAACGAUUAUUUUGAGUGUGGAUCAGAUAGGAACCCAGCAAAUCUCUCAGAUUCUGAGAGUGGCUGACCGUUCUUACUGAACUUCGCACUUCCUGCCAUGAUUCUGGCAUCUCUUAUUCCCUAGAACUUCACUAUUGCUUUCCCGUAAACUCUACCACUAACUUCUGCCUUGGACAGAAUUGCGGGAGGUUAAGCCGAAACUUCUACAACAGACAAAACCUCUUAUUCUUCUACUCUGGCCUUAGAUCCAGCAAUAACGCACGCACCCCGUAAUCGGACCCUCCCGCACUCCGAUUCCUCCCCGCCUACGUAUUCUUUCGUUAAUACACAAUUGGAAGUCUCUGGCGUUAUUCGGGAGCUCGAUUUGGGCGUCCGCUAUACUUUGAUGAACCCUUAGACAUCUUAUUCCGAUUCAUCAGUCCGGCAACUUUCACCUGCACCGCCGAAACACCUCUCAUUUACCCCUCCACAUCCAACACAAUGUCUCCCACAGAAGCCUCCAAUGGCGUCCGGACGGUGCCCGUCACCAAUGGCAAGCCCACUUAUGCUGAGACGCAUAAGGUACCAGAGCAUUUUAUUGGCGGGAAUAGAUUAGAAAAUGCACCCGCAUCCAAGGUCAAGGAUUUCGUCGCCGCACAUGACGGACACACGGUCAUUACAAACAUUCUGAUCGCCAAUAACGGUAUUGCUGCCGUUAAGGAGAUUCGAUCCGUGCGAAAAUGGGCAUACGAGGUUUUUGGCGACGAGAGGGCUAUUCAGUUCACGGUGAUGGCCACACCGGAAGAUCUGGCAGCCAAUGCAGACUACAUCCGAAUGGCUGACCACUACGUUGAGGUUCCCGGAGGGACAAACAACCACAACUAUGCGAAUGUUGAGCUGAUCGUAGAUGUUGCUGAGCGAAUGGAUGUUCAUGCUGUAUGGGCUGGAUGGGGUCAUGCUUCGGAAAACCCUAAGCUUCCAGAGUCUCUGGCUGCAUCGCCAAAGAAGAUUGUCUUCAUUGGACCCCCCGGAUCCGCCAUGCGAUCGCUCGGUGAUAAGAUUUCUUCUACCAUUGUCGCACAGCAUGCUCAAGUACCCUGCAUACCGUGGUCAGGAACCGGUGUCGAUCAGGUCGAGGUAGACGAGAACGGUAUUGUUACCGUCGCCGAUGACGUGUAUAUGAAGGGAUGUGUCAGUUCUUGGGAAGAGGGUCUGCAAAAAGCCCGAGAAAUUGGCUUCCCCGUCAUGAUCAAGGCUUCUGAAGGUGGAGGUGGUAAGGGUAUUCGAAAGGCAAUGUCUGAGGAGGGAUUCGAGCAGCUAUACAAAGCCGCCGCCAGUGAAAUUCCUGGCUCGCCAAUUUUCAUCAUGAAGUUGGCGGGCAAUGCCCGGCAUUUGGAAGUGCAGUUGCUGGCCGACCAAUACGGUAAUAACAUCUCGUUAUUUGGCAGAGAUUGUUCCGUACAACGAAGGCACCAGAAAAUCAUCGAAGAAGCCCCUGUUACAAUUGCCAAGUCACCUACGUUCAAAGGUAUGGAGGAAGCUGCCGUACGUCUCGGUCGCCUCGUGGGUUAUGUUUCUGCUGGUACUGUUGAGUACCUUUACUCCCACGAGGAAGACAAGUUUUACUUCUUGGAAUUGAACCCUCGUCUCCAGGUAGAGCAUCCUACCACGGAAAUGGUCAGUGGAGUAAAUUUGCCUGUCGCCCAGUUACAGGUUGCCAUGGGAAUUCCUCUACACCGAAUUAGCGACAUCCGAUUACUGUAUGGUGUUGACCCGAAACUUGCUACGCCGAUUGACUUCGAGUUCAAAGACCCAGAGAGCGACAAGACCCAACGGCGACCACAGCCUCGUGGUCAUUGCACGGCCUGUCGAAUUACAUCUGAGGAUCCUGGCGAGGGCUUCAAGCCUUCUAACGGUGUGAUGCAUGACCUGAACUUCAGGAGUAGCGCCAAUGUCUGGGGUUAUUUCUCCGUUAGUACUGCUUCAAGCAUUCACAGUUUCUCCGACAGUCAAUUUGGUCACAUUUUCGCUUACGGAGAGAACCGAGCCGCCUCACGAAAGAAUAUGGUUGUAGCUCUGAAAGAGUUGAGUAUUCGUGGCGACUUUAGAACCACGGUUGAGUAUCUCAUCAAGCUGCUCGAGACAGAAGCAUUCGAAGACAACACCAUCACCACCGGUUGGUUAGACGAGCUGAUUUCUAACAAGCUUACCGCUGAGCGCCCGGAUCCUAUGCUUGCUGUGGUUUGCGGAGCUACAACCAAGGCUCACAUUGCUAGCGAGGCUUGCAUAGCUGAGUAUCGCUCUGGACUCGAGAGAGGACAAGUUCCGUCUAAGGAUAUCCUGAAGACGGUGUUCCCGAUUGAUUUUAUCUACGAGGGUUAUCGAUACAAGUUUACCGCUACCCGUGCGGCUGUUGAUAGCUAUCAUCUCUUUAUCAACGGCUCCAAAUGCUCUGUUGGUGUUCGCGCCCUUAGCGACGGUGGUCUUCUUAUUCUUCUAGACGGUCGAAGUCACAGCGUCUACUGGAAGGAGGAAGUUGGUGCAACUCGUAUUUCAGUGGACAGCAAGACGUGUCUGCUAGAGCAAGAAAAUGACCCUACACAGCUGCGCACACCUAGCCCUGGUAAGCUUGUUAAGUAUACCGUAGAGAAUGGGGCACAUGUCAAGGCUGGACAAACAUUUGCUGAAGUGGAAGUGAUGAAGAUGUUUAUGCCUUUGGUGGCCCAAGAAGACGGUAUCGUGCAGUUAAUCAAGCAGCCUGGCGUCACAAUCGAGGCUGGUGAUAUCCUCGGUAUUCUUGCCCUUGAUGACCCUUCUCGAGUUAAGCAGGCGCAACCCUAUCUCGGAGGUCUUCCCGAAUUUGGCCCCCCUCAAGUUGUUGGUAGCAAGCCGGCCCAACGAUUCAGCUUGACCUAUAAUAUCCUUAAAAAUAUCCUCCUCGGCUAUGACAACUCAGUAAUCAUGCAGCAGACAUUAAAGGAGAUGGUUGAAGUUUUACGGAACCCCGAACUUCCAUACAGCGAGUGGGCUUCCCAUCAUGCCGCUCUUCACUCCCGAAUGCCUCAGAAGCUUGACACUCAGUUCACGCAGGUUGUCGAGCGUGCCAAGGCACGAGGCUCUGAAUUCCCCGCUAAGACGCUUGCAAGGACGUUUUCUAAGUUUGUGGAUGACAAUACUUCGCCCGCCGAGGCCGACGCAUUACGAGCAACCAUCUCCCCGCUACUUGAAGUUCUCGACGAGUAUGCCGAUGGAGCGAAGGUGCGGGAACUGAACGUCAUCGGAGGCCUCUUGCAAAUGUACGCUGAUGUUGAGGGACGCUUUUCGGGUCGUCGUAGCCAGGAUGAAGAAGUCAUCUUGAAACUCCGCGAGGAGAACAAAGAAGACUAUUUAAAGGUCAUUAGCAUUGUCCUGUCUCACAGCCGUGUUGGGUCUAAGAAUCAUUUGAUUCUGGCGAUUCUCGAGGAGUACCGUCCUAAUAAGCCCAAUGUCGGCAACGUCGCGAAGUAUCUACGACCGGUCCUACGAAAGCUUACUGAACUCGAGUCUCGCCAGACAGCUAAGGUCUCUUUGAAGGCUCGGGAAAUUCUUAUUCAGUGUGCUCUACCAUCUCUUGAAGAGAGAACCGCACAGAUGGAACACAUUCUACGCUCCUCUGUUGUUGAAAACAAAUAUGGUGAAACUGGCUGGGAGCACAGAGAGCCCAACCUUGAUAUUAUCAAGGAAGUUGUUGACUCCAAGUACACCGUUUUUGACGUGCUAGCAUCGUUCUUCGCCCACGAGGACCCUUGGGUAAACGUCGCUGCUCUGGAGGUAUAUGUCCGCCGAGCCUACCGUGCAUACAACUUGACGAAAUUAGAGUAUCACGAAGACGAGUCCGAUGCAGCUCCUCUUUUCUUGUCUUGGGACUUUUCUUUCCGCAAGAUCGGCCAGACUGAGUUCUCGGUCCCUCUUCAGUCGGCUAACCCCUCCGUCCCUGGCACUCCCACCUCCGAGAGCGGUGCCUUCGGUCGAGUUAGUUCAGUCAGUGACAUGUCUUAUCUCAAUCGCCGGACUGAAGAAGAGCCAACUCGUAAGGGAGUUGUCGUUCCUUGCAGGUAUCUGGACGAUGCCGAUGAGAUGCUUCAGAAGGCUUUAGAGGUUUUGCCAAUUAGGAAGCGCUCUGGGCUUAUUCCCGACCUAACUGGCAAGCGCAAAUCCUUUGCCCAAAAGCCUCUUGAAGACGAAUUAACCAACGUCAUCAACGUGGUCAUUCGUGAUGUGGAGUCUUACGAAGAUGAGGAUAUUCUCGGACGCAUCCGUCCUAUAAUUGACUCAUUAAAGCAUGAGCUUGUCAACCAUCGGGUCCGCCGCGUCACCUUCGUUUGCGGCCAUAAUGACGGCUCCUAUCCAGGCUAUUACACUUUCCGUGCACCCGAAUUCCAUGAAGACAAUAGUAUCCGCCACGUUGAACCCGCCUUGGCCUUCCAGUUGGAGCUUGCCCGUCUUGCUAAAUUCAAGCUCUCGCCUGUAUUCACAGAGAACAAGAAUAUCCACGUCUACGAGGGCAUCGGUAAAGGCGUUGACACUGAUAAGCGAUACUUUACUCGCGCUGUCAUACGGCCAGGCCGUCUCCGGGAUGACAUCCCCACAGCUGAAUACCUUGUGUCUGAAGCCGACCGAGUCAUUAACGAUAUUUUCGAUGCCCUUGAGAUUAUCGGUAACAAUAACUCGGACUUGAACCACAUGUUCCUGAACUUCACCCCUGUUUUCCAGUUGAAGCCCCAGGAAGUUGAGCAGUCUCUCCAAGGCUUCUUAGACCGAUUUGGUCCUCGCGCUUGGCGCCUCCGCGUCUCCCAGGUUGAGAUCCGCAUUAUCUGCACCGACACGGCUACGGGAAUGCCUUAUCCUCUGCGUGUUAUUAUUACCAACACUUCUGGAUAUGUUAUCCAGAUUGAGCUCUACGCAGAGCGGAAAUCAGAGAAGGGUGAAAUGGUUUUCUAUUCAAUUGGCGGCACAACCAAGAUUGGAUCAAUGCACUUGCUGCCUGUCUGCACGCCUUACCCUACCAAGAACUGGCUCCAGCCUAAGCGUUACAGGGCGCAUUUGAUGGGUACUCAAUAUGUAUAUGACUUCCCUGAGCUUUUCCGCCAGGCUGUUGAGAACACUUGGGCAAGGACUACCAAAGCUCUACCGGCGUUAAAUGAGAAGAAGCCUGCGCAAGGAGAAUGCAUCGACUACAGCGAGCUAGUUCUCGACGAUCGUGAUAGGCUGAUCGAGAUCUCUCGUGAGCCUGGUACUAACUCUUGCGGUAUGGUCGGAUGGCUCAUUAAUGCCCGUACUCCUGAGUACCCUGAGGGACGGAAGUUUAUUGUCGUUGCCAACGAUAUUACUUACAAGAUUGGAUCUUUCGGCCCUAAGGAGGAUCAUUUCUUCAAUAAGUGCACUGAAUUGGCUCGCAGCCUUGGCAUUCCUCGUAUCUAUCUUUCUGCAAACUCUGGCGCCCGACUUGGCCUCGCCGAAGAGCUCAUCCCGCACUUUAAGGUGGCCUGGAAUGAUCCCGAGAAGCAAGAGUCCGGUUUCAAGUACCUUUAUCUGGACGCGGAGACUAAGAAACGGUUUGAAGAUGGAGCUAAGCGCGACGUCAUCACCGAGGAGAUCACCGAAAAUGGUGAGAAGCGCUAUAAGAUUGUUGCUAUCGUUGGUGCUGAAGAUGGACUUGGUGUUGAGUGCUUAAGGGGCUCUGGCCUUAUUGCCGGUGCUACAAGUCGUGCAUACAACGACAUUUUCACCGUCACCCUCAUUACCUGCCGUUCUAUUGGUAUUGGUGCUUACCUUGUUCGCCUUGGCCAACGUGCUGUUCAGAUUGAGGGCCAGCCCAUUAUCCUCACUGGUGCCCAGGCCCUUAACAACCUGCUCGGCCGUGAAGUCUACACCUCUAAUCUACAGCUCGGUGGUACUCAAAUCAUGUACCGAAACGGUGUGUCACACCUGACUGCUAACGAUGACUUUGCCGGUGUAUGUAAGAUUGUCGAAUGGCUUUCUUUCGUUCCAGCUCAGCGCAACCUGCCCGUGCCGAUUUCACCUAGCCUCGACACCUGGGAUCGUGAGGUGAUAUAUACCCCGCCUAAUAAGCAGCCCUACGAUGUCAGAUGGCUCAUUGGUGGUAAGCAAGACGAGGACGGAUUCCAGCCAGGUCUCUUUGACAAGGACUCCUUCGUCGAGACUCUCGGCGGCUGGGCCCGUACCGUUGUUGUCGGUCGUGCUCGUCUUGGUGGUAUUCCUAUGGGUGUUAUUGGCGUGGAGACUAGAACCGUUGAAAAUGUCACCCCCGCCGAUCCUGCAAACCCCGACUCCGUUGAGCAAGUCACUAACGAAGCUGGUGGUGUAUGGUACCCUAACUCUGCAUUCAAGACGGCCCAAGCCAUCAACGACUUCAACCAUGGCGAACAGCUUCCCCUCAUGAUCCUUGCUAACUGGAGAGGUUUCUCCGGUGGUCAGCGAGACAUGUACAACGAAGUCUUGAAAUAUGGUUCGUACAUUGUCGACGCUCUUGUCAAGUUCGAGCAGCCAAUCUUCGUUUACAUCCCGCCGUUUGGCGAGUUACGUGGUGGUUCUUGGGUUGUGGUCGACCCUACCAUUAACCCUGUGGCUAUGGAGAUGUACGCCGAUGUCGAAUCCCGUGCUGGUGUCUUAGAGCCGGAAGGUAUUAUUGGCAUCAAGUAUAAGAAGGAGAAGCAGCUCGAGACCAUGGCUCGCUUGGACCCUGUUUACGCCUCGCUCAAGAAGCAGGUGGCUGACAGCAAUUUAUCCAAGGAGGAGCUUGCAGAAGCCAAAGAAAGAAUGACAGAGCGUGAGAAGCAACUGUUACCGAUCUACGCGCAGAUUGGCCUGCAGUUUGCAGACUUGCACGACCGUGCAGGCCGCAUGAAGGCCAAGGGAACUAUUCGUGAGGCCCUGGAAUGGAAGGACACUCGCCGCUUCUUCUACUGGCGUGUCCGUAGACGUCUCAACGAGGAACACAUUAUCAAGCGUAUGGCUGCUGCCUCGUCUUCGAAGGUUACGGAUCCGAAUAGCGUCGCAGCUAUCGAGAGCCGUCAACACCACCUUCGCCUCCUUGCAGCUUGGUCUGGCGUCGCCGACUUCGAGCACAACGACAAGGAUGUAGUGACAUGGUACGAGGAGAACGCCGAGACAAUUUCCCAGAAGGUGGAACAAAUCAAGUCGGAUGCAGUCGCGCAUGGAUUGGCUGACCUGCUCAGGUCUGAUAAGACCUCGGCUCUUAAGGGCUUAAAGGAUAUGCUGCACAUGAUGCCUGUUGGCGAGCGGGAGGAGAUCCUCAAGUACCUGCAGUGAAAUAAGGUGACGAUAUGUGUUAAUGCGAAAUGAUAUGGAACCAAAGAGGGCUAGGAUUUGCCAAGGGAUCAUGAAUGGUCUAGAGGAGACUGAGUUUACGUCGUGUAUAUUUAAAACUUGUUUAAGGGUUUGGUUUAGGUGUGUGUAUGUCUUGUGGGCGCCGGCGCGGUUAUUUUAUCAUUUUCUCUGCACACUGUAAAAUUCUUUAGAUAACUCUUUCUAUAAAAGGUUUUCCUUUACUCCAUCGCGCUUAAACAAGGUCAUUUGUGAUGUCUAGUAAAUAAUCCCUCA